AUUAUUCAUGUCAGGGACUGCUGUUGCCCCAGCACGGAUAAUAGCAGAGGACACCUGACCUGAGGUAAUAUCACAUUAUUAUACGCUUUGAAAUAUAAUGUACUUACAUUUAAUUGGCUUAAUUAUUAUCCAUUAUUAUCAUAUUAUACUUGUAUUAUUCAUUUAUUUCAUAGAAUUGUAAUACAACAUCAUAUCUUCAUAAAAUCCUUAAUGUGUGUUGUAUGCUCAUAAAUUAACAAGUCAAUUAAAUAUUUUAGUAUUGUGCUUCAUAUAAUGUUAUGCAAUUUUUUUCUUCAUCUGUUAUGAUAGCUUGUCAAUAUUUCAUUCUCGAUUUAGCUCAUCUCUCACCCCUAAUUGUUUGUAAAGUCAGUCUACUCAAAUGAGACUUUCUCAUUUUUUGCAGAUAAGCAAAUGGAUCAUCAGGAGCUGAAAGAACCUGUGAAUAAUGUCUCUCUCAUUAAAGGUAACACAAACCCUCUCUUUAUUCUUACUACAUGAAAUUGGACAGAUUGGACUGGAUAUACUGUAUGUUGGAUCAGUUCUGAUGUCUAGGACCAGUCACUCUUGUGCAAGUCAUCCCAGACCAAAGUGAGGAGGAAAGGGUCAAAGAGAGGCAGACUUUGAAAAGGAAAUAUUGGGUGUACAGGCAAUUUGAGAGCUCACAUUUCUAAGGCAUUGUGCUAAGGGCCACAGUUCUCUGUGGAAUCUUAUAUACUUAAUACUUCUGAGAAAAUAAAAAAGAGCCCUACUAACUUCUAAUAGACCCUUAUUUCAUAGUUUUGAUGUCUUCACUAUUAUUCUACAAUGUAGAAAAUAGUAAAAAUAAAGAAAAACCCUGGAACGAGUAGGUGUAUCCAAACUUUUGACUGGUGCUGUAUAUAACGUUUCUGCUCUGAAAUGCAUUUACACUAUAUAUACAAAAGUAUGUGGACGCCCCUUCAAAUGAGUGGAUUCGGCUAUUUCAGCCACACCCAUUGCUGACAGGUGUAUAAAAUUGAGCACACAGCCAUGCAAUCUCCAUAGACAAACAUUGGCAGUAGAAUGGCCUCACUGAAGAGCUCGGGGACAUUCAACGUUGCACUGUCAUAGAAUUCCACCUUUCCAACAAGUCAGUUCGUCAAAUUUUUGCCCUGCUAGAGCUGCUCCGGUCAACUGUAAACGCUGUUAUUGUGAAGAGGAAAUGUCUAAGAGCAACAACGGCUGAGCCGCGAAGUGGUAGGCCUACAAGCUCACAGAAUGGGACCGCCGAGUGCUGAAGCGUGUAAAUAUCGUCUGUCCUCGGUUGUAACACUCACUAUAGAGUUCCAAACUGCCUCUGGAAGCAACGUCAGCACAAGAACUGCACAAGAACUGUUAGUUGGGAACUUCAUGAAAUGGGUUGCUGUGGCCGAGCAGCCGCACACAAGCCUAAGAUCACCAUGCGCAAUGCCAAGCGUCAGCUGGAGUGGUGUAAAGCUCGCCGCCAUUGGACUCUGGAGCAGUGGGAACGCGUUCUCUAAAGUGAUGAAUCACGCUUCACCAUCUGGCAGUCCGACGGACAAAUCUGGGUUUGGCGGAUGCCAGGAGAACGCUACCUGCCCCAAUGCAUAAUGCCAACUGUAAAGUUUGGUGGAGGAGGAAUAAUGGGCUGGGGCAGUUUUUCAUGGUUCAGGCCCCUUAGUUCCAGUGAAGGGAAAUCUUAACGCUACAGCAUACAAUGACAUUCUAGACAAUUCUGUGCUUCCAACGUUGUGGCAACAGUUUGGGGAAGGCCCUUUCCUGUUUCAGCAUGACAAUGCCCCUGUGCACAAAGCGAUGUCCAUACAAAAAUGGUUUAUCAAGAUCGGUGUGGAAGAACUUGACUGGCCUGCACAGAGCCCUGACAUCAGCACAAUCAAACACCUUUGGGAUUAAUUGGAACGCCGACUGUCAUCACCCAACAUCAGUGCUUGACUCUCAGGAACGCGUAUGUGUCUUCUGUUUCCCUCAAUCCGCGCAGGACUCAUUAGAAAAGAGUGAACAAGACCAGGCACUAAAUCAGACUGGGGUAAAAAAUAAAAUGAUAAAUGUUGAUGUUCUUUUCUACAUAGGAUAUCGCCCCCCAAAACUUUGCCUGAUUUUAUUUCUUUUUUAUUUCACCUUUAUUUAACCAGGUAAGCCAGUUGAGAACAAGUUCUCAUUUACAACUGCGACCUGGCCAAGAUAAAGCAAAGCAGUGCGAUUAAAUACAACAACACAUAGUUACAUAUGGGGUAAACAAAACAUAAAGUCAAAAAUACAAGUGUCGCCCUGCAACAACCUCUCUCUCAGCAAACUCAAAGGACUUCUGACAUGAUGUCCAAACACGAGUUCAUUCGGAUUAAAACUGAGAGAUUCCUUAACAACCUCCCACGCUGAAAACAGCACAAGACCCCUUCAUAACAGUCUCUCAAAAGCCCUAAACAGACUUCAAAGUCUGAUGAAAUCUCUCAAGAGCACCUUUUUUUUCACCUUUAUUUAAACAGGUAAGCCAGUUGAGAACAAGUUCUCAUUUACAACUGCGACCUGGCCAAGAUAAAGCAAAGCAGUGCGGAAAAAAACAACAACACAGAGUUACAUAUGGAAUAAACAAGACGUACAGUCAAUAACACAAUAGAAAAUCAAUAUACAGUGUGUGCAAAUGUAGUAAGUUAUGGAGGUAAGGCAAUAAAUAGGCCAUAGUGCAAAAUAAUUACAAUUUAGUAUUAACACUGGAGUGAUAUAUGUGCAGAAGAUGAUGUGCAAAUAGAGAUACUGGGGUGCAAAGGAGCAAAAUAAAUAACAAUGUAAAUAACAAUAUGGGGAUGAGGUAGUUGGGUGGGCUAAUUACAGAUGGGCUGUGUACAGGUGCAGUGAUCGGUAAAGCUGCUCUGACAACUGAUGCUUAAAGUUAGUGAGGGAGAUAAGAGUCUCCAGCUUCAGAGAUUUUUGCCAUUCGUUCCAGUCAUUUGCAGCAGAGAACUGGAAGGAAGGAGAUGUUGGCUUUGGGGAUGACCAGUGAGAUAUACCUGCUGGAACGCAUACUACGGGUGGGAGUUGCUAUGGUGACCAAUGAUCUAAGAUAAGGCGGGGAUUUGCCUAGAAGUGAUUUAUAGAUGACCUGGAGCCUGUGGGUUUGGCGACGAAUAUGUAGUGAGGGCCAGCCAACGAGAGCGUACAGGUCACAAUGGUGGGUAGUAUAUGGGGCUUUGGUGACAAAAUGGAUGGCACUGUGAUAGACUACAUCCAAUUUGCUGAGUAGAGUGUUGGAAGCUAUUUUGUAAAUUACAUCGCCGAAGUCAAGGAUCGGUAGGAUAGUCCGUUUUACGAGGGCAUGUUUAGCAGCAUGAGUGAAGGAGGCUUUGUUGCAAAAUAGGAAGCAGAUUCUAGAUUUAACUUUGGAUUGGAGAUGCUUAAUGUGAGUCUGGAAGGAGAGUUUACGGUCUAACCAGACACCCAGGUAUUUGUAGUAGUCCACAUAUUCUAAGUCAGACCCGCCAAGAGUAGUGAUUCUAGUCGGGCGGGCGGGUGCAAGCAGCGUUAGAUUGAAGAGCAUGCAUUUAGUUUUACUAGUGUUUACGAGCAGUUGGAGGCCACGGAGGGAGUGUUGUAUGGCAUUGAAGCUCGUUUGGAGGUUUGUUAACACAGUGUCCAAUGAAGGGCCAGAUGUAUACAAAAUGUGUCGUCUGCGUAGAGGUGGAUCAGAGAGUCACCAGCAGCAAGAGCGACAUCAUUGAUAUACACAGAGAGUCGGCCCGAGAAUUGAACCCUGUGGCACCCCCAUAGAGACUGCCAGAGGUCCAGACAACAGGCCCUCCGAUUUGACACAUUGAACUCUAUCUGAGAAGUAGUUGGUGAACCAGGCGAGGCAGUCAUUUGAGAAACCAAAGCUAUUUAGUCUGCCAAUAAAAAUGUGGUGAUUGACAGAGUCAAAAGCCUUGGCCAGGUCGAUGAAGACGGCUGCACAGUACUAUCAUUUAUAGAUUGCGAUUAUUAUAUCGUUUAGGACCUUGAGCGUGGCUGAGGUGCACCCAUGACCAGCUAACCAGAUUGCAUAGCGGAGGUUACGGUGGGAUUCGAAAUGGUCGGUGAUCUGUUUAAGUUGGCUUUCAAAUACUUUCGAAUGGCAGGGCAGGAUGGAUAUAGGUCUGUAACAGUUUGGAUCUAGAGUGUCACCCCCUUUUAAGAGGGGGAUGACCGCGGCAGCUUUCCAAUCUCUGGGGAUCUCAGACGAUACGAAAGAAAGGUCGAACAGGCUAGUAAUAGGGGUUGCGACAAUUUCUGCGGCUAAUUUUAGAAAGAAAGGUUCCAGAUUGUCUAGCCCAGCUGAUUUGUAGGGGUACAUAUUUUUCAGCUCUUGCAGGACAUCAGCUAUCUGAAUUUGGGUGAAGGAGAAGCGGGGGGGGGGGGGGGGGGGGGGUAAUGGGCAAGUUGCAGCGGAGGGUGCAGUAGCCAGGUGGAAAACAUGGCCAGCCGUAGCAAAAUGCUUAUUGAAAUUCUUGAUUAUCGUAGAUGUAUCGGUGGUGACAGUGUUUCCUAGCCUUAGUGCAGUGGGUAGCUGGGAGAAGGUGCUCUUAUUCUCCAUGGACUUUACAGUGUCCCAAAACUUUUUGGAGUUAGUGCUACAGGAUGCAAAUUUCUGUUUGAAAAAGCUAGCCUUUGCUUUCCUGACUUCCCUGAAAAGUUGCAUAUCGCGGGGGCUGUUCGAUGCUAAUGCAGUACGCCACAGGAUGUUUUUGUGCUGGUCAAGGGCAGUCAAGUCUGGGGUGAACCAGGGGCUGUAUCUGUUCUUAGUUCUGCAUUUUUUGAAUACGGCAUGCUUAUUUAAGAUGGAGAGGAAAGCACUUUUGAAGAACAUCCAGGCAUCCUCUACUGACGGAAUAAGGUCAAUAUCCAUCCAGGAUACCCGGGCCAGGUCAAUUAGAAAGGCCUGCUCGCUGAAGUGUUGUAGGGAGCGUUUGACAGUGAUGAGGGGUGGCUGUUUGAUGGCGGACCCAUUACGGACGUAGGCAAUGAGGCAGUGAUCGCUGAGAUCCUGGUUGAAGACAGCGGAGGUGUAUUUAGAGGGUAAAUUAGUCAGGAUGAUAUCUAUGAGGGUGCCCAUGUUUACGGAUUUAGGGUUGUACCUGGUAGGUUCCUUGAUAAUUUGUGAGAGAUUGAGGAUGGCUGGGGUGUUAAGCAUAUCCCAGUUUAGAUCACCAAGCAGUACGAACUCUGAGGAUAGAUGGGGGCAAGCAAUUCACAAAUGGUGUCCAGGGCACAACUGGGGGCUGAGGGGGGUCUGUAGCAUGCGGCAACAGUGAGAGACUUAUUUCUGGAAAGAUCUUUAGAAGUAGAAGCUCAAACUGUUUGGGCACAGACCUGGAUAGUAUGAUAGAGCUCUGCAGGCUAUAGUAGAUUGCAACUCCGCCCCCUUUGGCAGUUCUAUCUAGACGGAAGAUGUUGUAGUUCAGGAUGGAUAUUUCUGGAUUUUUGGUGGCCUUCUUGAGACAAGAUUCAGACACUGCUAGAACAUCAGGGUUGGCAGAGUGUGCUAACGCAGUGACUAACUCAAACUUGGAGAGGAGGCUUCUGAUGUUAACAUGCAAGAAACCAAGGCUUUUACGGUUACAGAAGUCAACAAAUGAUAGCGCCUGGGGGGUAGUAGUGUUACUGGGGGCUACAGGACCUGGGUUAACCUCUACAUCACUAGAGGAACAGAGGAGGAAUAGAAUAAGGAUACGGCUAAAGGCUUUAAGAACUGGUCUUCUAGUGCGUUGGGUACAGAGAAUAAAAAGGGCAGAUUUCCGGGCGUUGUAGAAUAGAUUCUUGGCAUUAUGUACAGACAAGGAUAUGGAAGGAUAUGAGUACAGUGGAGGUACACCUAAGCAUUGGGUAACUAUGUAAGAGAUAGCAUCACUGGAGGUACCGAUUGAGCCAGUCUCCGUGUGUAUGGGGGGUGGGACAAAGUAGCUCUCUGAGGCUGGUUGAGCGGGACUGGGGGCUCUACAGUGAAAUUGUAUAAUAAGAACUAACCCAAACAGCAAUAGGCUAGGCAUAUUGACAUGGGAGAGAGGCAAUCACAGGUGUUAUUCGAGAGGGCUAAGACAACAACUGGUAAUGGCGAUGAAAGUUUGGGCUGAGGCUAAACAGAUAAACAGGAUGGGGUACCGUGUAAAGGAACAGACCAGCAGGCAUUAGCUGUGUAGCUGAGUGAUCAAAAGGUCCAGUGAACAGCAAUAGGCAGUUCGUAGGCUACUACAGCACCGGUGAGCAGGAGGCACGGCUGUUGAUUGCGCAUGCUAGCGGGCCUGGGCUAGCAGAUGGAUCUUCGUGGUCAUCGCAAUGGGAAGCCUGUUGAAACCACAUCAGACGAUUAUGUCGGCAGACCAUUCGUGAUGGAUCGCGGGGCUCCGUGUCGACACUAGGAGGUCCCGUCCGGUUGACAGAGAGAUAGAUAGCCGGGAGAUGGGCCUGGCUCGAGGCUAGCUCAAGGCUAACUGGUACGUCGGGACAGUGGUGAUUAGCCAACAACAGCCAUUCGGUUGCAGCUAGCUAGUUGAGAUGGUCCGGUGUUAAGGUCCAGUGAUUCUGUGAUUCCGGCAGAAAAUCCGAUAUGCUCUGGGUCGAUAGCACGCUGUGCAGACUGGCCGAUAAUUGUCCAGGCUAGAGCUGGCUGGUAGGUAGUGCAGGCCACGGACAGUGGUGAAGACCGCUAACGGAGGCUAAUAGCAAGUAGCUAGUUAGCUGGCUAGCUGGCUAGUUUCAGCCGUAGGUUCUUGAUAAAAAUAAAGAAAUAGAAUCCGUUCCACAUUGAGUGAGGCGGGUUGCAGGAAAGUAUAUUUAGUUAAAGGAUGGAAAGUGAGAUAGAGAAAUAUAUACGAAAAAGAAGACAAAAAAAAAAGGCUAUUUACACGAGGACACAACACAAUACACGACCACACUGCUACGCCAUCUUGGAAUGAUGAUCUUAUGAACUUCCUAAUACCUUUCUGAUGCAUUUCAGUCACUUCAGAUUGAAAUACUGUCAAAAGUACUGUCAAAGUGCCAUAGCCCCAAUUAAAAAAGUAAGCAUUGGCCUUUAAUUACAUCACUUUUGUUUCAUGGUGGGGUCGCAAAACAAUGUUGAUAUCAACAAUGGGGUCGCGGGUCCCAAAAAGUUUGGGAACCCCUGAUGUAGGGGAUCUAGUUUCAGGCAUUUAUUUUAUGCCUGCUAUGUUAGGUUACGUGAAAUAGAUAAAUGUGUCUGUCAACUGAGCCAGAAAUACACAUAAAAAAUGUGCCUCUAAAAAGGCCAACAUUGGAAUAAUAUUCAAAUCUAUUUAGCAAAAUAUAAGUAAAUGAGUUAUACAAAGGAGGCUAAAUUUAAAGCAGGUGCUUCCACACAGGUGCUUAUUGAGUUAAUUAAGCAAUUAACUUCCCAUCAUGCUUAGGGCCAUGUAUAACAAUGCUCAGUUGCCCAUUAUUUUGGCUACCAUGGCUAGAAGAAGAGAUCUCAAUGACUUUGAAAGAGGGGUCUCAAAGAGCAUAGGGGGUUUAAAGUGUGUGUGUGUGUGUGUGUGUGUGUGUGUGUGUGUGUGUGUGUGUGUGUGUGUGUAGAAUCUAUGCCAAGGCGCAUUGAACACUUUAUGUUGGUGUUUCCUUUAUUUGGGCAGUUAUCUGUACAUAAAUAAUUAGCCUACAUCUCAAAGUGUAGCCUAGGUGAUAUGUCCACACCGAUGCUGACAUGAGGGAGGUACCAGAAAAUAUAGCCAAACUUGAAUGAGACUUUUAAUUACAUAAAUAAAGGUUAAACACCAGUCAUGUUUGACAAAUAUAAUGUAAGGAAUUAACAUUAACGUCUAAAGGCUUCUGUUGACAUAGUUGAGGCACGGUUCGUUCAGACAGUAAUGUUUAGAUGUGUAUUUCAAUGAGCUAGCGAGUGUGAGAGGUUGUGUGUGUGCAUGUGUAUGUCGUGUCUGCUAUCUGAAACACCCAUAUUAUUAGUUUCUGCACUGAUACAGUGUCUGCCACAGUGAUGUCAUAUCCCCUUGAUAAAUCAAUUUAUAGUGCACAGGCUUGACCUGUUCUGGCGCCUUGUUUUUGCCUCUGCCAAACGUUUGAUCUAGGAGGAGGUCAUCUCUUUUCCCAGCCCUGGCAGAUUAGAAGAAAAGUUUUUGCUGUGUUUUUUUCCGUCUAUUUUGAGAGAGAGUUAUGCAUUGCUUUCUCCACUAGUCAUCUUUUCGACCUAUGAAUUCAUAGUCAGUAGAGGGCAUUGUUUUGAAACUGUGAGAGAUGUGAUUGUUUUGAGAGUACAUCAAUGGGCUUGACUAUGAGAGCCCACAUAUAUGAGGGAGCCCUUAUAUUUGAGUUCAGAUGAAAUCAUAUUAAUUAUUCAAAUUUUGGCACCAUCGUUUAUGUACUAGGCCCAUUUUUGGUCGUCUUGGGAAAUUAUUUCACAUUUCCAUGGCUAAAUGUAAUCUGUUGACUGUGAGUGGGGAGGCAAAAUAGUCCAGAGAUUAAGACAUUCAGUCAAGUUUGAUAUUACCUUUGGAAUCUCACGAAGGCCUUUAAAGAGUCACACAAAGUACCAGACAACUUGUUGAACUACACUGCCUAAUGUCAGGCAUCUUUAAUAUUGCAAGAAGGUUUGUCCUCAUUUGCCCCUAUACUGUAGAUAAGUGCAGCUCAACCAUCUCCACCCGGCCAUGUUGGUCAGUUUGGUGUGUCCUCUGCCGAACACUGUAUUCAUCUCCAUUCCUUUUCCCAGUUGAGCUGAACCGAUCCAACAUGGGCACCAGUGACUCAGAAAAAGUCAUCAAGCAUCUGAACGAGGAGCUUCAAGAGGCCCAGGAGUUCUCCAAGACAGGAAAACUGAAAUGCAUGGAACUGCAAGGUACUGGAAAGGCUUUAGGAAUGACACUCACACAACAGUGCAUUACCCAAUACUGUAAAACCAUACAUGCACAAGCACACACACAUUCACAUAACAUCUACAGCACUGAAUGUUCUCUGUUAGAGAAGUUAACUUAUUGUCCUUCUGUAUUUGUGUCAUACAUUGCAGGGCUCCUGGAGGAAGAGAGGCGAGCCAACAAGCAGCAAGCUGGCGAGUCUGCAAAACAGAUGAAAGUCCUACAGGGUAGGCCUAAGUGUGUGCGUGUUUCCUACAAUUACUUUAGGGGUGUGUGAGCAAUGUGCAGGAAUGUGUGUGGGUAAAGCUGUGUUUGUGCAAGUGUUUCUGUACAUGUCUGUUCAUGAAUGUAGGCUACUAUAUCUGUGUAAGUUAAAGUUUGUGUGUAGGCCUAGUUAUGUUGUUGGUUCACUCCUGUGAGAUAGAAAGAGCUGCCAUGAAUAAUAUUACCCCCCCCCCCCCCCCCCCCCCCCUUAGUGUGAAAGAUUAGAUUGUAUCACCCAUCUGCACCCAGCUAGUGAAAUAACCCUCCUCGCACAUCCUUCUGUGUGAGCAGGCCAGCUGCGACAGCUACAGGACGAGCUGGGGGUCCUGAGAGAGCAGAAAGACAGCGAUUUCAUGAGUUCCCAAGAUGAACUGCACAGAGCACGAGAAGAAGUGAAGACACUGCGUCACGCCCUGGAUGCUGCCACCGCCGAUCGGGAGCGGGAGGUUGCUGCUGUCCAGAGUAACCUAGCAACCGUCUCCAAGGAGAUGGAGAAGUGGCGACAGACGGCCAGCAAGUACGAGCGUGAGAUUAACGGCCUGCAAGGUGACCUACAGCAGCAGAGCAAGCAGUGGCAGAAGGCUGCAGAGUCACAAGGUAUAGAAAAUACAUAAUAAAUAUUUAUAUAGCCUAUAUAGGGCUCUAUGUUCGGCUGGCGUUAAGGUGGCGCUAGUGUCAAGUUAGUUUGCAAUUUCGUCAUGUAAGUUACCUGUCUUAUAUCAGCUCGCUUAAAAAUAUUAUCCAUAGUGCUAAUUUCAGGCAGUGCUGAUAGGAUAUUUAACACCAAUCAAAAACUGGUUUUAGCAGUAACACAGUCUAUCCAGCCGUGACGCACACUUCCCAUAUGCGCAUGGAACAAGAGUAGCCUAAUGUGCUUUUGGUGCCUGUAUACUUCGUAUUUAGAAACAUUAAAAACGGUUGUUGUUUUUUUCCAUUUUGUUUUGUUUGAUUAAAAACCAAGCACUCCCCUCCUCUCAAUUAAUGCUUUUUUUCUGCCCAAUGCAAUUGUGAAGUAGUCAAGACUGUCGAUAAAGGGUUUGGCUCCUGAGACCGCUUGGAAAUCAAUCUUAAUCACUAAAGAUUUAUUAAAAUAUAAAGUUUGAGAGGAAUGAAACAGUGAGCUGACAUUCCCUUUUUAACUAUGCAUUGUAUGAAGGCCCACAUUAUUUUAGCCAUAAAGGUCCCGUUUUGGACGUGCGUAAAACCCCCUCCAGGAUGUAGGCUACGUGUCCACGCCCAUCAUGAAAUGAGAGAUGAGAACCUUCGGUGAAUACCGAUGAACCUCGUAUUUAAAAGUUGUAACCUUUAGAAAUUGCAAUCAGUUGUGUUGUGACAAGGUAGGGGGGGGGGGGGGGGUGUACAGAAGAUAGCCCUAUUUGGUAAAAGACCAAAUCCAUAUUAUGGCAAGAACAGCUCAAAUAAGCAAAGAGAAACAACAGUCCAUUUAAGACAUGGAGGUCAGUCAAUACAGAACAUUUCAAGAACUUUGAAAGUUUCAUGAAGUGCAGUCACAAAAACCAUCAAGCACUAUGAUGAAACUGGCUCUCAUGAGGACCACCACAGGAAUUAAGACCCAGAGUUACCUGCUGCAGAGGAUAAGUUCAUUAGAGUUACCAGCCUCAGAAAUUGCAGCCCAAAUAAAUGCUUCACAUAGUUCAAGUAACAGACACAUCUCAACAUCAACUGUUCAGAGGAGACUGUGUGAAUCAGGCCUUCAUGGUUGAAUUGCUGCAAGGAAACCACUACUAAAGGACACCAAUAAGAAGAAGAGACUUGCUUGGGCCAAGAAACAUGAGCAAUGGACAUUAGACCGGUGGAAAUGUGUCCUUUGGUCUGGAGUCCAAAUUGGAGAUUUUUGGUUCCAACCGCCGUGGCUUUGUGAGACGUGGUGUGGGUGAACGGAUGAUCGCCGCAUGUGUAUUUCCCACCGUAAAGCAUGGAGGAGGAGGUGUUAUGGUGUGGGGGUGCUUUGCUGGUGACACUGUCUGUGAUUUAUUUAGAAUUCAAGGCACACUUAACCAGCAUGGCUACCACAGCAUUCUGCAGCGAUACGCCAUUCCAUCUGUUUUGGGCUUAGUGUGACUCUCAUUUGUUUCUCAACAGGACAAUGACCCAACACACCUCCAGGCUCUGUAAGGGCUAUUUUACCAAGAAGGAGAGUGAUGAAGUACUGCAUCUGAUGACCUGGCCUCCACAAUCCCGACCUCAACCCAAUUGAGAUGGUUUGGGAUGAGUCGGACCGCAGAGUGAAAGAAAAGCAGCCAACAAGUGCUCAGCAUAUGUGGGAACUCCUUCAAGACUGUUGGAAAAGCAUUCCAGGUGAAGCUGGUUGAGAGAAUGCCAAGAGUGUGCGAAGCUGUCAUCAAGGCAAAGGGUGGCUAUUUGAAGAAUCUCAAAUAUAAAAUGUAUUUUGAUUUGUUUAACACUUUUUUGGUUACUAUAUGAUUCCAUAUGUGUUAUUUCAUAGUUUUGAUGUCUUCACUAUUAUUCUACAAUGUAGAAAAUAGUAAAAAUAAAGAAAAACCCCGGAAAGAGUAGGUGUAUCCAAAGUUUUGACUGGUGCUGUAUAUAUCGUUUCUGCACUGAAAUGCAUUUACACUAUAUUUACAAAAGUAUGUGGACGCCCCUUCAAAUGAGUGGAUUCGGCUAUUUCAGCCACACCCGUUGCUGACAGGUGUAUAAAAUUGAGCACACCGCCAUGCAAUCUCCAUAGACAAACAUUGGCAGUAGAAUGGCCUCACUGAAGAGCUCGGGGACUUUCAACGUGGCACCGUCAUAGAAUUCCACCUUUCCAACAAGUCAGUUCAUCAAAUUUCUGCCCUGCUAGAGCUGCCCCGGUCAACUGUAAAUGCUGUUAUUGUGAAGAGCAACAACGGCUGAGCCGCGAAGUGGUAGGCCUACAAGCUCACAGAAUGGGACCGCCGAGUGCUGAAGCGUGUAAAAAUAGUCUGUCCUCGGUUGUAACACUUACUAUAGAGUUCCAAACUGCCUCUGGAAGCAACGUCAGCACAAGAACUGCACAAGAACUGUUAGUUGGGAACUUCAUGAAAUGGGUUUCUAUGGCCGAGCAGCCGCACACAAGCCUAAGAUCACCAUGCGCAAUGCCAAGCGUCGGCUGGAGUGGUGUAAAGCUCGCCGCCAUUGGACUCUGGAGCAGUGGGAACGCGUUCUCUAAAGUGAUUAAUCACGCUUCACCAUCUGGCAGUCCGACGGACGAAUCUGGGUUUGGCGGAUGCCAGGAGAACGCUACCUGCCCCAAUGCAUAAUGCUAACUGUAAAGUUUGGUGGAGGAGGAAUAAUGGUCUGGGGCUGUUUUUCAUGGUUCAGGCCCCUUAGUUCCAGUGAAGGGAAAUCUUAACGCUACAGCAUACAAUGACAUUCUAGACAAUUCUGUGCUUCCAACGUUGUGGCAACAGUUUGGGGAAGGCCCUUUCCUGUUUCAGCAUGACAAUGACCCUGUGCACAAAGCGAGGUCCAUACAAAAAUGGUUUGUCAAGAUUGGUGUGGAAGAACUUGACUGGCCUGCACAGAGCCCUGACAUUAGCACCAUCAAACACCUUUGGGAUUAAUUGGAACGCCGACUGUGAUCACCCAACAUCAGUGCUUGACUCUCAGGAAUGCGUAUGUGUCUUCUGUUUCCCUCAAUCCGCGCAGGACUCAUUAGAAAAGAGUGAACAAGACCAGGCACUAAAUCAGACUAGGCUACGUGUCCACGCCCAUCAUGAAACGUGAGAUGAGAACCUUCGGUGAAUACCGGUUAACCUCGUAUUUAGAUGUUGUAACCUUUAAAAAUUGCAUGUUUUCCAUUUUAUACAGUGCAUUUGGACAGUAAUCAGACCUCUUGACUUUAUCCACAUUUUGUUACGUUACAGCCUUAUUAUAAAAUGGAUUAUAUAAAUAAAAAUAUAUCUACACACAAUACCCCAUAAUGACAAAGCGAAAACAGGUUUUUAGAAAUGUUUGCAAAUGUAUAAAAAAAUGUAACGUAUUUAAAUAAGUAUUCAGACCCUUUGCAAUGAGACUCGAACAUGAGAUCUGGUGCAUCCUGUUUCCAUUGAUCAUCUUUGAGAUGUUUCUACAACUUGAUUGGAGUUCACCUGUGGUAAAUUCAAUUGAUUGGACAUUAUUUGGAAAGGCACACACCUGUUUAUAUAAGGUCCCACAGUUGACAGUGGCCUCCAUCAUUCUUAAAUGGAAGAGGUUUGUAACCACCAAGACUCUUCCUAGAGCUGGCCACCCGGCAAAACUAAGCAAUUCAAGGAGAAGGGCCUUGGUCAGGGAGGUGACCAAGAAACUGAUGGUCACUCUGACAGAGCUCCCGAGUUCCUCUGUGGAGAUGGAAGAACCUUCCAGAAGGACAACCACCUCUGCAGCACUCCACCAAUCAGGCCUUUAUGGUAGAGUGGCCAGACGGAAGCCACUCCUCAGUAAAAGGCACAUGACAGCCCGCUUGGAGUUUGCCAAAAGGCACCUAAAGGACUCUCAUAGCAUAAGAAACAAGAUUCUCUGGUCUGAUGAAACCGAUAUUGAACUCUUUGGCCUGAAUGCCAAGCUUCACUUCUGGAGGAAACCUGGCACCAUCCCUACGGUGAAGCAUGGUGGUGGCAGCAUCAUGCUGUGGGGAUGUUUUUCUGCAGCAGGGACUGGGAGACUAGUCAGGAUCGAGGGAAAUAUGAACGGAGCAAAGUACAGAGAGAUCCUUGAUGAAAACCUACUCCAGAGCACUCAGUACCUCAGACUGGGGCAAAGGUUCACCUUCCAACAGGACAACAACCCUAAGCACACAGCCAAGACAACGCAGGAAUGGCUUCGGGACAAGUCUCUGAAUGUCCUUGAGUGUCCCAGCCAGAACCCAGACUUGAACCCAAUUGAACAUCUCUGGAGAGACCUGAAAAAAGCUGUGCAGCAAUGCUCCCCAUCCAACCUGACAGAGCUUGAGAGGAUCUGCAGAGAAGAAUGGGAGAAACUCCCCAAAUACAGGUGUGCCAAGUUUGUAGUGUCAUACCCAAGAAGACUCGAGGCUGUAAUCGCUGCCAAAGGUGCUUCAACAAAGUACUGAGUAAAGGGUCUGUAUACUUAUGUAGAUGUAUAUUUCCGAUUAUGCUCAUAAAACAUAGGACUAUUUGGUAGCAGUAUAACGGUGAGUGGGCAUUCUCCCUUUCUAUUUAUAUUGGAUCUUUAUCCAGCUACUGUGAAAAGUUUGGACGUGCGUAAAACCUUCAAUAGUCUGCAUUGUUUUAAUAUUAUAUGCCCACGGGGAGAAAUUAUGCUGCCUGUAAGUGUAUUUAGACAUAGCCUAUUUAAAACAAUAUUAUUAUUUUAUUUUUUUUUGGGGGGGGGGUUUGAUUAUAAUUAUUUGUUCUCUUUUUAGGCCUUAUCAAUAAUUAAUUUAAUCUUGCUUAUUGACAAUGUGUGGCAUGUCCAUGCUCAGCCAUAAUGCAAUUUAAAGUAGGCCUAGCCCGUAUAUCAGUGUGAAUGCUAUUGAAGCCAUGCAAUUACUUAGAACAAUGUGGACUACAAAUGGGUUCAAGUUAGCAUUUUUUAUUUAGCAAAGAUAGGUCUACAUUUUGUUAUUUUGUUUCUGUAUGCCAUUUAACAAACUAUAAUGGACUAACAUUGGAAUUGGAGUUGAUUCCAAGACAAUACAUAAAAGACCGUAAAUACACAACUUGAAGCAACCACAUAUUUUGCCAUGGAGCACGUUCUGAUUGGCCAGUGAGGGGCCAAGCCUUGACAAACCCACAACUUGUUUAUUCAUCAAAACCCAGCCCUUUCGCGCCAAUGCCAGCAAGUGCGCCGAUAAUUGUGAUAGUUAAAAUAGCAAAAAUAUUUCUGACACACCCCUGAACCUAUAGCGUUACCGCCUGCGCUUAGAUUUACCAUUGCGUUAGGUUUGUUAAAAUAGAGCCCAUACUGUAUAUUGACAAACUGUAAAAGAAGCACAACUUUGCUUCACAGUUGCAUUCAUGUGAAAGUAUGUCCACAUCAACUUAGUUUGGGCAGUUAAUCAGCCCGGAAAAGUCAUCUGACUAAAUAGUUUUACUGAAAGUAUCAAGGAGUUGGCGAAAACAAGAACAGACUGGCACUCAGGCUGUGAUAUGAUGCCAUGUUGAGGCAUGUAUGAGCGUCCCUAUGGUUUUCUACAGCAGCUGAACUGGAGUCUAUACAGAGGGAGUACACCAGCCUCCAGAGGGAGGUGUCGUCCCUGCGCUUGGAGAAACAAGAGGUGCUAAAUAAACAUCAGAAGGAGUGUGCUGCCCUCAGGGUGGAAAAGGAGGAGCUGCUCAGGGCUCACCAGAAGGAGAAGGGGAACCUACAGAAUGAGAGUGCAGUCAUGCGCUCAGAGAAAGAGGCCAUGCUGAAGAAGCAAAUGGUGUUAGAGAAGGAUUUGGCCAGGUCAGUCUGUAAUCUGCAACACAACUUGCAAGAACAUUUGUUCAGAAACAUCAUACAGUACACUGAGUUGAGGGUACACAACCCAACUCCAAAAUGGUCCCAAACGCUCUCACACUGCCCCUUAUUCUAAUCCCUUACUCUAGUCAAAUCCCUAAUUAUCUUUGACUCUGACUUUUACACUUUCUUUCACACACACACACUUAUUGACAGACCAAUAAAGUUGACAUCAAAAUGGUCACGAUUAGAAUACAACAGGCUACAUAUCAUUCAUAUAAAGUAACACUGCUCCUGACCUCUGUCUCGCUCUAUCUUUCUGCUUCUCUAUCCAUCUCUCUUCUUCAUCUCUCUUUCUACCCCUCUCUCUCCCAGCUCGCUUGCCCAGAGUGCUGAGCUGAGCAGCAGCCUGAAGGCCCUGGAGCACCAUCAGGGGGAGAUGGAGAAGAGGUUGGGGGCCCUGCAGGAGCAGCACCUGCAGGACAACACCAAGCUUCAGAGCCAGCUGGACCAGUCAGACGGCCGCACCAAGGACCUGCAGAGAGAGGUGGGCACAGGAUGUGCACGCUGUCUUCCUCCCUUCCUUGAAGUAAUCACGGUCUGUGAUUUGACAUGACUGGAUAGGCUAUAAAAGCUACAGUAUAUAAUGCACGUGUCAAACUCAAGGCCGAAUCUGGCCUGCGGGUAGUUUGAGUAAAAUCUAAAAUACAUAUACUAUAUAUUUUCUUUAACCUUUUUUUGUCUGUGAAAAACAUUGAAAAGACUAAAACCAAAUCGAAACUGUGUAGAAAUUAUAAUGGACCUACCUUUAUACUCUCUUCACUCUGUCCAGCUUGCUAAUAGUCAUCGAAACGAAAGCUAGAUAAUCAGGGACCAUCAAAAAUUGCAAAAGCGAUAGAGGAUUAUUCUUUGCUAAUUUUGACUUACAGGAAAUAUAAUACAUUUUAAGUGUGGCCCUCCAGAAAAUGUGUUCAAUACCCUGAUAUAAUGUAACCCAUAAUGGUCAGAUCCGACCGUGUUAGCUCAGUGAUCACUUCAUGGCAAGGGGGAAGGAAGGAUGUAUGUUCAAAGUAUUUGAAGAUGGCCUGGAAUUUCACAACCACAGUUUUAUCCCAUUUGAAACAGAAACCUUAUGCUUUCUCUUUGAAUGUUUUAUGAAUGCCUGUGAUAUUUAUAACCUCUCUGUUCUCAGUAUGAGGAGACACAGACCGAGCUGUCAGACCUGAAGGAGAAGUUUGAGACGACUGAGCAGGAAAAGCAGUCGAUCACUGAUGAGCUUGGGGAGUGUAAAGCUGACCUGAAGAUGCAGCGGGAGAAAGGAAACAAAGUGAGUUAUCCACUAUCAAGACUGUCCAUACGGUAC